AUGGCGGACUCACCGAGCCCCGAGGCUCGCGAGUUGAGUCUGAUAGGCAAGGUCGAAUUCAGGAUCGCCAUGGCAGAUACUGAUGAAAAGCUUCAGUCGCUUCUUCAAACUUAUCUGUCCCCUUUGUUGCUGAAGCUUUCUUCGGACAGUGUGGCUGUUCGCAACAAAGUUAUCUCGGUCUGCCAGCACGUUAGCACCCGUGUUAAGACCCCCUCGAUUCAGUUGCCAGUCGCCGCAUUGUUAAAGCAGUUCAAAGAGCAAAAAUCCCAGCUUGUUCGACAUUUUGAUUUGAUCUACGCCCAGCAGGGAAUUGACCGCCUUGGCUCAGAUGCCAGGGUCGAGAUUCUGUUGCCUUUGCUACAGGGUAUCGCCGAGAUUGGAACUUCUGCCACUCAGGGAGCUAUUGUUUUCAACCUCGUACUGCGAUUACUGCCCCUUUUCAAGUUGCCAUCGAAGGGAAGUGACGAGGACCAAAAGCUCAAGCAACGCCUGGGCUUGUCCGACGAAGACGCCCGGUUCUUGUCCCUGUGGCUGGGAAAGCUAUUACUCCUCUCCCCAGCUGCUGGUGAAGCUCUAACAUGCCCGGGAUUAAUUCCGGAAGAAUACGAUUUUUUGAACAAAGGCGCCCCAGUCACUGAAACAUGGAAUCCUUCUUCUCCAGGGGGCCUGAACCUGACAGAGACCAAAGUCGUGGCUCUUCGCUUCCUCGGAAGCGGGGCGUUCUCGGAUUCUCAGCGAUUCUUACCCUCGCUUAUUGCCUCUGCCGAUGCCAACUCUCGUCUUGCCGAUCUAGGUGAUGAGACUUUGAAGCGAUUUGCGGUCGAUCUCGAAGAUCCAAUUGUCGUGGAACAGUUGUAUGGAUUAUAUUUCGGUGCAGCCGCUGAGGGCGCACCUCCGGUGCGCUCUCCAUUGCAAGUGAAGAUCCUGGUUUUCUUGGGAAAGUCUAUCAAAGCUACGGAAAACACCCAGAGAAUCUUCAAGCUUAUCGAGGAUGGUCUUCUUUCGGAUGCUGCAAGGUCAGCUCAGGGCCUGCAGGCAUCUAAGCUACGAACACAAAUAUUCACUUUCACCACCUGGGUUGUCCGCAUGGGCUCCCCGUCCGAUCUCAAGCAAAUCGCCCCUAAGCUGAUUGCAGGAUUGAGAGACUUUAUUCAGUCUCAAGGAUGGCCCAGUCCGGGUGCCAGCGGGCAACGGCUGCCUGCAACGGACCUGAGCUUGCGUGGUCUCGCCUAUGAAAGUAUCGGCAUCAUGAUACCCAAGGUCGACUUCCAGGUGCGUGAUGAAACUGGAGAGAACUUCGAGUUUGAUCUGGUUCGGUGGCUCUUUACCUCUUUGAGCUCCGAUGAUUCAAGUACAGAGAUCUUCGUCAGUAUCGACCAGGCACUAGGAAGCAUCCUCAACUCUUCCCUGGACAGUCAUAGCAAAGAUUUCCAAGACCAGCUGCGUCCAUUCCUGGUCAGUCAGAUGGGCUUGCACCCAGGCGAUGUUAAUCCAGAUACUGGCUUCAACGUUGUUCGCGGUGUACAGUACGCUGCUGUGCGGUUUGCCAACAGAUUCUUGCCCUAUAGCGAUGUAGUGGCUCGUUGGAUCGAUCUGAUGGCCAUUGCAAGAGGCCCGGAGAGACAGCAGGAGAUCGUCGAGGAAGGCAAGAAAGGUCUUCACCCCUAUUGGUUCCGACUUCUCAAUCCCACCAAAGAUCAGAAAUGGUCUGCUCCGGCGGACCAGGAGCGUGAUGAAACCUGGUUCAGCUUUCCAAGCUUUGCUGAGGCAACCAACUUCCUGCUUGGCUCAAUGGGUCAAGAUGAUGUCUCAAUGGAUGGGACUUUAGCUAGACCCCAGCUUCUGUCAGGUCCGUAUAAGAAUGCGUUUGUACCGGCUAUUGCGUUUCUUCGCAACGCCCUCCUUUGGGAAGCAUUUUCGGCAGCGGAAAUUUCUACAGAGAUGGAGCAAGACUGGGACUACAAACUCGAAGUACUGCUUUCAACCAGUGAAGAAGCGCGGACAGCUGUGAGACAGUAUAUCCGUAGCUCCGCUAAGGAACCCGUCUUCACUUUCUUGUCUGGUAUCUUGGAGGGGCUUGUCAAAGAAAAUCUUACCGGCUUACACCAAUGCGGUGUUCAUUUUAUGGAGAUCUGUUCAUUGGCUCCUAAUGACGUGAUCGAGAAAUUGCUUCCACGAGCUCAAUCUUUGACUCAGCCGAUCUUCAGUAACAACCAGGAGAUACAGGGAUUAGCUGCGCGGGCGUUCGGAAUCCUUGUCUCUCACCCGACAUUUGACGAUGACCAAUUGAGAAGCUUUGCGACCCAAUUGGCUGGUACCAUCGAGUCAUGGAACACCGCUAUCGGCGAGGCGGCUCUUCGGGUCCGAGGAGCGAUCUUAGCGCUUUCGUACCUGCUGAGCAGGCUUGCAUAUCGAGGUCUGCUGAGCAAGGUUCCGGAAGCUCAGGUCAAACACUUUAUUGAGACUGUUUUAGACAUCACAGAUGCAUCUCGAGACAACCUCCUCGUGCGAACUGCAGAGGUGGCCCUUGGGCAGCUCAGUCUAUCUGGCAUUCUGUCUCUUGAUACUCUCCCCGAGGAUGGCUGGAAAAAGAUUCAGAACAAGCUGUUGAGCGACGCCAAGUCUGAAAAUGAUGUCCCUAUCGCAUCUUUCGGUCUUUUGACUUUGACGUUUUCGCGGGCUGAGCCAAGGGCUUCUUUGUUCACCGAAUACCUAGACUCCCUCUAUGCUUUGCAUGAAAUUAAGAGCCCCGAAGUUCAGUUCACCGUAGGCGAAGCGAUCAGCAAUGUUGCUGUCGGAUGGGACUCCCGAGCUCUGAUCCAGGACUUUGACGUUGACGCCGAGUUUCCGCGGUCGGAUGUGCCACGCAUGGUGUUCGCAAAAAUAUGUGACAAGAUCAUCGCUGACUGCGUUGCGCCCAAGCCGUCUCUUCGAAAAGCCUCCGCAAUCUGGCUUCUGUCCCUUGUCAAGAACUGUGGACACCUGCAAGAAAUGCAGGAACGCCUGCGCAAGUGUCAAGCCACAUUCUCUACCCUUCUCAGCAAUCGGGAUGAGGUGGUGCAGGAAACUGGUGCCCAUGGUCUCAGUCUUGUCUACGAGAUUGGUGAUCAGGCUCUCAAGGAUAGUUUGGUGCGUGACCUCGUGGACUCAUUUACAGCCACAGGGGCCAAUCUCGGGGGUGGCAAUGUUAAUAAAGAUACCCAAUUGUUUGAGCCCGGCGCCCUGCCUACGGGUGGAGGAGAGUCAGUCAACACAUACAAAGAUAUUAUGAACCUGGCUGCCGAGGCGGGAGACCCCACCCUUGUCUAUCGAUUCAUGUCUUUGGCCUCCAACAAUGCCCUCUGGAGCAACCGGGCCGCCUUUGGCCGAUUUGGCAUUAGUACUAUUUUCUCCGAUUCCAGUGUGGAUGGCUAUCUGGCACAGAACCCCAAGAUCUACCCCAAGCUCUUCCGCUACCGCUUCGAUCCCAACCCGAAUGUGCAGCGUUCUAUGAAUACCAUCUGGCAGGCUCUUGUGAGGGAUCCUAAUGUGGUGGUGGACGCGCACUUUGACCAGAUUAUGGAAGAUUUACUCAAAAACAUGCUUGCCGGGCGCGAAUGGCGUAUGCGACAAGCAAGCUGUGCUGCUGUGGCGGAUCUAGUUCAGGGCCGCCGGCCGGAGAAGUACUCGCAAUAUUUGGAUGAAAUCUACAGCAAGGCUUUCAAGCUCCUGGAUGAUAUUAAAGAGUCCGUGCGGACGGCAGCCCUCAAGCUCUGCCAGACGAUUACAAACUCCGUGAUUCGAACGCUGGAGACCAGUGGGACUGAGAAGCGCGCCACCGCUCUGCUUGGGAGCGCCGUCCCCUUCCUCCUGGGUGAGCAGGGACUGGAUUCGAGUGUGGAGGAGGUACGCGGAUACGCCAUUGGUGCGCUCGUCCAGAUCAUCAAGAAGAGCCCCGGUGUGAAGCUGCGCCCCUUCGUUCCCACUAUGCUCGAGAAGUUCCUUAGCUCGCUCAGCUCCCUUGAGCCUCAGGCUGUCAACUAUGUCCACCUCAAUGCGGACAAGUAUGGUCUCACCGGCCAGGAGAUCGACAAGAUGCGUCUAUCGAGUAUCCGCACGUCCCCCAUGAUGGAGGUGAUCGAGCGAUAUCUGAUCGAUCAUCUCGAUGAAACCAAUCUCGAGGAGCUGGCGCGCAAGUUGGAGGAGGUGCUUCGGUCGGCCGUGGGCCUCCCUUCCAAGGUAGGCUGCAGCCGAGUGCUGGUGCUCCUCAGCAUGAAAACUCUCCUGUUCCGGCCGUAUGCGGACCGAUUCAUUCAGCUGCUCAGCAAAUACGUGGUAGACCGCAAUGAGACCGUAAGUGCAUCGUAUUGCACUUCGAUGGGGUAUCUCAUGCGACUAGCGUCGGACGAUCGGGUUUUGAAAACGAUCGAUUAUGCCAAGAGCCUCUAUCUAAACUCCGAAGAUGGCUCCACUAGGUCAAUCUCCGGUGAAAUCCUGUACGCAUCAAGCAAGCUUUCCAACGACCGGUUUAUGGCAUUUGCCACCGCGGCCCUCCCCUUUGUGUUUGUCGGUAAGCAUGACGGAGACGACCACGUGAAGGAAGAGUUUGAAAAAACGUGGCAGGACAAUGUGGGUGGCAACCGGAGUGUGACGCUUUACAUCCGGGAGAUCGUGGGGCUCGUGUCCGACAAUCUGGACUCGGCUCGGUGGGCCAUCAAGCAUACGGCCGCCCGCGCGAUAGCUCAGGCGGUGGUGUCACUUGAAACCGAUAUCGACCUCCCCACGGCCCAAUUGGUCUGGCCGGUCUUGGAAAAGGCACUAUCUGGCAAGACGUGGGAGGGGAAGGAAGUGGUGCUGACGGCACUGGUCAAGUUCGCGCGCUCCGCUCAAGCAUUGUGGACAGCGCGACCAGACUUGUAUGAGUUGAUGAAGACCAUAGCCGUGCGCGAAGCGAAGCGGACUAAUGCAUUGUAUCGACCACAUGGACUCCGGGCCCUGGGGCAAAUUGCCCUGGCAUGUCAGGUGAACUUCAUGCCUGACGCGCUACGAAUCGUCCCACCCUUGUUCGACGAGAUCAUCGCGGAUGAAAAAGAGGGGAACGGGAUGGAAAUCGAUUCUGGGAAUGGGCGCGACUCGAGCGACACCCUUGCCGCCGGUGUGCAGUGUCUCCUGCAAUGUCUGAACCCCGCUACGGCCGAUUUGGAUGUGUUGGGUAGAUAUAUACGACAGGUGAUCGAUCCGUUAGACCAAGCCCUGACCCACGGUGGCAGACAGGUCGUUCACACGGUUUACGAUGAGAUCCAAGCGUUCAUCGCUAGGGUGAAUGAGUGGGAUCAAUGGUCAGAUCCCGGUGAACAGGUCCUGGCGGCGCCGAUGGCGGACCUGGCGCAGCUGCUUACUCGAGAACGCAACAAUGUCGAGACGGUUCGCAAGGGACGCGCCGAGGCGAUCCUGGCGUUCCUGAAGCUGCGAGCCAGUGUCCGAACGGUGCCCGACAACAUGGGGGAAAGUAUACGUGUGUGGAGAGCUGGAGAGCGCAGUGUGGUGGUACAACGCAUCCUCGACCAGGCACUGGAGCUAGUCACAUAA